AACACGGCUUGUCCACAACAGCAACAACAACCCGUCAAGACAGGACGACUUAAGGGGAAAGCACGAAUCGCUGCUAAGAAGAACAAGGGCAAUGGCACAGCUAAGACGACACCAGAAACAACUCCAGUACCUCGAUACAUCAUUUCCAUCAAGGACUUCAUCUCUCUGGCUGAAUACAUAUCUGCUUCCAAAAUCCCGGCUCUUUCGGUUCCAGAGGUAUUCUUCGACACCCUUCACCGAGUCAUCUCUGUGAGGUCUAGCUUCAGCGCAGAGCUAUCUCGCCACGGAGCAAAGCCAGACAUCGAGUCAGAUGCUAAACAUUCAUACUUUGUGGGCAUUCUUGAAAAGGUCCGCGAGGUGCUGAAACCUUUCAAGCCUCCGACUGCUUCCAGUUCAUCCGAUGAAGUGAGCACUCUGACUAAUCAGUUCGAUGCCCUUGAGGUUUAUGAACCAUCUCAAGACUUCCUCGAUGCACCAGACAUUGCAAGACCCCAGGCAGCUGGGCAAGAAGCAAUUAUCUACGAGGCUGAUCCAUCACCAACACUUGAAGAAGCCAUUAUUGCCUUCUCCAUGAUGUGCAAAGACCUAGCGGAGAUUCGGGACUUCAUUUCCGGUAUUUGGUCAUCGUUUGUUAGCCAGGAUGACGAAUCGGACGACGAAUUAAACGACCAGGACCCAGCCGUUAUGGCCGUGGUGACCAAUACGGGCAUCGAGUUCGCGGCGAAUAUCAUCGAGGACAUGGUGCCGAUCUUCAAGGAAUAUGGCGGUUCCUUCGCCCUCUGUCAACGAUACAUGGCCCGCAUUCUAGACCAACAAGGCGAAAGCCCCGAAGAAUUUGGUACGCGGAUGGGUGAGCCAUCGAGCCAGGAUGAUCAUUACGAUCUCGGCAAUUACUGCUACUUUUAUGUCGGCAGUAUCCUCCAAACUUUUGCUCUCGUUCCUUGGCAGGGGGGUGCCGGUCUCUAUCCGGAAGGACAUUUUGGGAUCUACGAUCCCGAGAGCGACUGGGAGUCCAAGACCGGGACCCAAAAGUUUGAAGAAGACGUCAUCAUCAUUGGCGAGCUUUUCAUGGAAGCCUUGGCGCUUGUUCAUCAUGUCUCUGGCUACCCUAUUUCGGAUGAGUUCAUUCGGGGCGUCCAACAAUUCAAGGAGACCAACGAGAUCCCUUUCAGUCUCGUCUUUGCGACCCAGGUCAACCUUGAUAUACAUCAUGCCGUUAGAGGCUAUGCUGAGUCCUCGGUCCCGACCCUUCUCCAACGAUUGUCUACCAUGAAUGGUCCUUUACAGGCCACUAUCAGGCGUCACAGGAAUCUCAAAAGCCCCCAUUGGUCACCCUCCGAUGAGAAAUGGUUGCAGGAGACCGCGGAGAGUAUCGAACAGUUCCUAAAAGACCCCUUGCACGAAGUCAAGACACUUCUUGCGGGUCGUGAUCUAAAGGCACAAGAACUAGUCGAGGCAACUGAGAAGCAUCGGCUUUUAAGAAGAUCUCCAAUCCUCGCUGGGCUGGCUCUGUAUCAUUACCGGGCUGAAGUGUAUGAGGUCAGCCUUGCAGUUACCAAUGCCUGGGGCUCAAUUAUUCUGCCAGCACAUUUGUACAACGCCGCUUCAAAGGAGGGCUAUUCGGAUUGUUUCUGGCCUGACAUGGAGCUUCUUUUUGAUAUCCUUGGCGAAGAGCAAUUCUUUGUUGGGGGGAGGCCUGACAACACUGCCGACUAUGUUACGCGAUUCAUGCUGCAGAUUGGCGUUUCUGCGUCUGUCUUUACAAACCGGAGACGCCGUUCCAAGAAGUUGGACAUCGAUGAUUUCUCUCGAGCAGGGACGAGGUUCCUCAAACCACGUGCUCCAAUCCACAGCAGUCUUCGGGAUCGAUACCAGAGGAAUAUGAGCCGGAUGAACUGGUCCCCAGAAAGCAUUGAGGAAAUUCUCUCGCGUUCAGAAAUCGGAGCCUCGGCCAAGAGCAUGAAACCAGGGGCUGCAAAGGCUGCUCGUAUCCCACUGACUAAGUUGUUGGCAUGUCUUGGUGAGGCAAUGGAGCUUGAAGUCCAUGAGCUUGCCUUCCCAUACAUGCUCAUGCAUGCAACUAACUGGGCGUUCCUGUCGGUUCUGAAAUCGAAAUAUGAUCCGCUUCUCCGAGCUAGCUUUGGGCCAGCAUACAUGCAACAUGAAUGGCAGCUGCCUUUGCUGGUAGGCCACAUAUUAGCUCUGGCCGAUGGCGUGAAUGGCGGGAACGACACAGUUUUGGAAUGGGCGGGUGGCGGGUUUGACGUGUUGGCUGACUUCGACAAGGGGACUGGUUACGUUGCCAUAGAUCAGAUGCUCAAGCUCUGCGGUCGUGAAUUCGAAGCGCCACGGGAAGAACUUGCUCGAUUGGUAUUCGGCUCGGGACCUGAGGAAGAUGACGAAGAAGAUAGCGACUUUGAUCCAGAUUGCUAA